GUCGUCUCGCACCGAGGCAUUCUACCAGGCUGCAGGCACGCGAACGCCAUGUUGCGAGUGCUCUUCACGCGGGUCAUUGCUAAGAUGCGCAGGAUCUACGCGUGCAUCCAGCCCAGGGUCCUCAUGGACGACUCCAGCUUUCAAUGGAUGAGUAGACGUCUAUGUGAGAGUGAGGUCCUGCUGGCCUCUGUGAGGCGGUACUGUGCUGAAGUGUACAAGCUCGGCCUCAUUCUCCAG